AAAAUUGGCUGUUUUAAUGUAAUGCAUAACUUGUUUCUGUUGUUUUAGUAAAAUUUGAAAAUUCUUUUGUUCCAGUUUUAAUUUAUAAAAAAUGGGUAAAAUAUCAGAGUUCACUAUUCUUUUGAGUGGCCACAGACAGGUGUUUUAUCCUGGUGAGAAGUUGGCAGGGUCAGUGAUAUUAAACUUGUGGCAUCCAAUGGAUAUGAGGGGAUUACGCAUUGAACUCCAAGGUAAAAGCCAUUGUCAUUGGACUGAAGAGCAUGGAACUGGUGACAACAAAAAGACCGAACAUUACAGCGGCAGUGAAAAGAUAUUUGAGUAUGUGACCUGCUUAUAUGGGAACCUGCCGACAGCUACGACGAUGAAGCUGAGUCAUCCACCUGGAAGAUAUGAAUACCAAUUCAUGUUCACACUACCACAGACACUGCCCAGCUCGUUUGAAGGAAGCCAUGGUCAUAUUCGAUAUGAAUUAAAAGCACAGAUUGACAAGCCGUGGAAAUUCGACCAUAAAGUUAAGCGACCUAUAAUUAUUAACGAAAUCAUCGACCCGAAUUUACCACAUUUCGGUAAAGGACCAGGUGGCGACGCUCACAAAGAAGUUGGACUCUUGUGCUGUGCAGCAGGACCACUUGAUUUGAUAGCAAGCAUUGACCGAGCUGCAUACUGUCCUGGCGAGAUUGCGUUGAUUAACGCAGAAGUUCAGAAUCAUACGUCAAGAAAUAUGAAAGCGUUGAAAGCUAAACUGGUGCAGGAAAUACAGUACCACGCGACGAGAAAGGUGAAGCAAGAGUACAAAACCAUCUCAAAGGUCGUGGGACCCCCCAUCCCUAAAGGAGAAUUUGCGAAUUGGACGAACGAACCGUUUGGUAUUCCCGCUACUCCACCCACCAUCACAACUUCCAAGAUCAUCACGUUGGUGUAUUAUCUAGUUGUAGAGGUGGAUGUGCCAUGGGGUGUUGAUCUCAGUGUGAAGAUGCCCAUCACGAUGGGAACCGUGCCGUUUCGACACUCGUAUGGUAAUCCGCUACCUGGAAACGUGCAGGUUCCUAGUUUUACACCUUCUUCGUUUGUCCCUCCUCCCUCCAGUGUGUUCGGAUAUCCUGACAUGGCCCCGCCUUCAUACGCUGCUGCCGUUGGUAUAAGUGAAUCAAGCAUUGCAGACGACGAUGAUGUGCAUACGAUGGGAAAUCUUCGAUAUAUGCCUGUGUACACAUUCGCUCAGCCAUUUAAGUUUGACGCAUCAAACAAUCCUGCCGUGCAACCACCAGCACAACCACCGUACGUUUCAAGUCAACCGCCUUAUCCACCUAAUCCGUCUGGUGCGCCGUCAUAUGCACCCAACCAGCCAGGUGCGCCGCCAUAUGCACCCAACCAGCCAGGUGCGCCGCCAUAUGCACCCAACCAGCCAGGUGCGCCACCAUACCCAACGGGCCAUCCUCCAUAUCCAAUGAACCAACCGCCUACAGCACCUUAUCCGAUGACAUGAACAAGCACAGCUGACGCUCCUUUAUAGCAUUAAAGUAUUGAGAACUUGCUUGAAAUCGUAUAAUUUUUUUUCGUAUAAACUGAUUUUAGUGUUUGUUUUAACGAAGUAGUAAGAGCAACCAGAGUGUCGGAUAUUCGACACUCUCUCAUUUAGUUUUCUUGGGUUCGGUCAAAUAUGAUCAAUCGCGAUUUUUAAAUAGACUAUAAUUUAAGAGAAAAAAUAUCUUUUAUUAAUUUUUGAAAUCGAAUACAUAUAAAGAAUAUAUAUAAAGAAUUAAUUUUGUAUCAUAUAUUUUUGUUUUGUAUAAAAGAAAAUUUGCGUUAUACAAUGUUUGGGAUUAUAUAAAAGUAUUCUCCAA